UCCUUGGCAAAACUAGGAAUUAGGAACUUGGACGUGAGUUGCCGCACUCUUCUCCCAUGGCCUCAUCUCCAGACGAUCAAACCUCGGCGAAACAAACCCUAAACCCUUCAAUCAACGGUAACGAUGCACCCUGUCCACCGCAGGAACACGUCGGCGAUGAGGAACUCAAACCCUCCGUUCCUCAAUCAACGGACGUCAUUGAAUCCGGUGAGAAGCGGAAGAGAAGCGACCCUGCAGACUCCGAUAACUGCCGUCACCCAUUGUGGAAAACGAGUCUCUGUUCGUACUUCAGGAGUCACUCUGGGUCUUGUAGCCACGGGGAUGCGUGCCGGUAUGCCCACGGCGAGGAGGAGCUCCGGCAGCGGCCAGAUAAUACGUGGGAUCCUACGUCGGAGAGGGCGAAGAAGCUAUUGAAGUCGGAGAGUGGGGAGAAGUGUGAUUCGAAGGAGGAUGAUGUUAUGAUGACGGAGGCUGUUGUUGACGAUGGUUGUGCUGAUCCUGGCCUCAGCAAGUGCUUGCUGCAUCUUCCCCCAAAAUGGCACUCCGAUCAGUUGAGGGAUUUUCUCGGUCAGCAGGGAGUUAUCUAUAAAUCAGCCAAGAAAAAGAAAGGCAUGAUGAUAGGUUUUGUGACUUUUGAAAGUGCCGAACAACUGAAAAAUGCAAUGGAGGAGCUGGAAGGCAAAUCUAUUGGCAACAAGAAUUUAAAGGUCGGAGACAUCCUUCCCCGAUCAUUUGAGAAGAAAAACAAUUCAGCAUUGCCUCUCCAUCAGAGCACCCAAAAGAAGAUGGAAACUGCAUUGGGUGGUGAUGAUACUGAUGUCUCAAUGUCUUCAUUUGGUUUGGAGGAUGGUGAUGCUGUUUGCGACAGUUCAGCACCCGAUUCAGUCUUGAAAGCAAGAAGUGCUCGUGAUGUAGCAACUCCCCUUGCUCACUUGACCUACACUGACCAGUUGGAGCACAAGAAGAAUUCUCUCAUGCAAACUCUCAAAAAGCUUACUCGAAAUGCUCGUAAAGCUUGUCCAAAUGGUGUUUCACUACCAGAAUGGAUUCUCAAAUCUAGGGAGAUAGGUGGUCUCCCAUGCAAAUUUGAGGGCAUACUUGAAUCACCACUUGUAAAUGGAUAUCGCAACAAAUGUGAGUUUUCAGUUGGAUAUUCUCUACAGGGCAAGCCAACUGUCGGGUUUAUGCUUGGUAACUUUAGGGAGGGUAUAACAGCAGUUGAAGAACCUGCAGAUUGCCCAAAUGUUUCUAUGAUUGCUCGCAGAUAUGCUACAAUCUUUCAGGAAUUUCUUCAACACUCAGGCUUGCCCCUUUGGAACAGAUUUAACAACACUGGAUUCUGGCGACAGUUAACAGUUAGAGAAGGAAGAAAACCAGGGAAGGCCGCUGAGGCUAAAAUUUCUGAGCCUAGUAUUUCAGAGGUCCUUGUUAUGGUUCAGGUUUGUUCAAAGGGCAUUGAUGAUGAAAUACUGAAUGGUGAAUUUGAGAGGUUGGCUCAGGCAUUCACUAUGGGAGCUACUGCAAGUUCUCCUUUGCCUCUUACAGCACUGGUCGUCCAGGAUCACAAAGGAAUAUCAAAUGUUGCAUCAGCUGAUGCUCCAUUACGGCCAUUGCCCAUUCCUAAAGAAGGAAGUGACUCUGGACCUGAUGCAGGUGGUCAGAUUGUAGAAGCGAGGAUUCAUGAUUAUAUAAGCAAUCUUCGGUUCUGUAUAUCUCCCACAGCUUUCUUUCAAGUUAACACACUGGCUGCAGAGAAGCUUUAUUCACUUGCUGGGGAUUGGGCUGGUUUGGGUCCUGAUACCUUGCUAUUUGAUGUAUGUUGUGGGACUGGAACAAUUGGCCUUACCUUAGCACAUCGUGUCGGUAUGGUUGUUGGCAUUGAAAUGAAUGCUUCUGCAGUUUCAGAUGCUCAGAGGAAUGCCGAACUAAAUGGCAUCGAAAACUGUAGAUUUGUUUGUGCGAAGGCAGAGGAUGUGAUGGGUUCUCUACUGAAAGAGUAUUUAAGUGUGCCUCAGAGGCAAAAUGAGGUUCCAGAUUUCUCUCAAAGCGAUGACAAAGUGAUUUCUAACAGUGAAGACAAAAUGGAGUCCAUUAACAAUGCACUAAAUCCUGAAGGCAGCUCAAGCCAUGAGCUUGAAAGUGGUAAAGGUGCCUCUGGGUGUUUAGAAAAUGUUCAGCGAGAAUCCAAAAAUGAACUUCACAAUGGUUGCUCUUCAAAAGAUGGGAAUAUUUCAGUGCAGCAAUUUAAAAACUUUGUUGCUAUAGUUGAUCCUCCACGUGGUGGACUUCAUCCCAUUGUGAUUAAAGCUCUGAGAACUCACGCAUGUCUACGGAGGCUUGUGUCAGUGCCCACAUUUUACAUUUCCUGUAAUCCUGAAAGCUUGGUGGCAAAUGCCAUUGAGCUCUGCACACCAUCUACUGAUAAAACUGAGAAAGGGAAUAAAAACAACAGAGGGUGGAGGAACAUGAGCAGUGCUGGUCUGGCGCGGCAUAGGGCCAAGUCAAUGCCCAACUCAGAGCCUUUCCAACCUGUCAAAGCCAUGGCUGUUGAUCUUUUUCCACAUACUCCUCACUGCGAAAUGGUGAUGCUACUGGAGAGGUAAAUGGACCAAGCUUUAAAAGAGAUCAUGUUGGUUCUAAAUCCUUGCCAUUGGAAGUUUUGAUAAGAGCUUUUAGUUUAUUAUUUUUAUUUGAUGUUUAUAAAAUUUUCAUGAUUGUUGAAGCCUAUUUAACUUCAUGAUUGUUAUAUUUAAAUUUCAACCAUAAUGAGAUUUUCUGAUCACUGGAUCCCUUUUGGGGAAACAGAAAAGGAAAGUUGGGGUUCUGUUUU